UUCACUCUCAUAUUGGAUCCCCCAUAUUACGACUGUCUUCGUUUACAUACUCGGCUACUCGCAAAAGCCUUGCAUUUCUCUCCCAUUCUCCAAAUUCAAACUCUCAAUGGCCACAUUUUAUAACUCCCUCACCUCCGCCACGGACGAUCCUCUCUUACCAUUCCUCUGGAGUGUCAAGAAUGCUCUAGAAGGUUCCGGCGGUUCCAGCCAGAACCUGUUGAACUUACUAGGAGAUUGCAUUAUAAGCUUCAAGGAUAGCGAACAGUAUCGAAACGACGUCAGAUUUCUCAAGAUUUGGAUCCUCUAUAUGGGUGUUAGUUCAGAUUUUGGAAGUGUUUUCAUGGAAAUGCUGAACUGCAAUGUGUGUACCAAAAAUGCUUCACUCUAUGUGUGGUCUGCAUGUUUCUUUGAGUUGAAAGGGAGGCUCCAUGAUGCCCUCACAAUCUAUCACCUUGGUAUUUCCAGGAAUGCAGAGCCAAUUGAGUGGUUGAAGAAGGCACAGGCAUUAUGUCACCAGAGAAUAUCUGAAACUUGGAAGGCUGCUGAAAGGCAGAAGAUUGAUUAUAAGGGAUCCACAGAGUUGGGAAACAUUGGCAUUAAUCCAUGGGAUUCCUCCAUUUUGGAAGACCUGAUGAAGAAGAUAAAUCCUACAAUUAAAAAAUUUUAUGGGUAUCACUUGAGCACUAAAUCUUAUACAGGGAAAGUGGCCUUAUCUACUUUGAAGAAUGCAUCAAGGAACAAAGUUAUAGAGAUAGGCGGGAGGAAGUACCAUAUCAAAGGUUGCGCUGGACAAGGUGGUUUUGCUCAAGUAUACAAGGCCUUUGUCAACAGUGAUCCAAAUGAUGUUGUUGCGCUAAAGAUACAAAAGCCAGCUUUCCCUUGGGAAUUUUACAUGUAUCGUCAGCUUGAUAUGCGGAUCACUGGCAGAGAAAGGUCAAGCUAUGGUUUGGCUCAGAGAAUUCAUCUGUAUGCAGACUGUAGCAUACUCAUCUGUGACUAUUUAGCUCAUGGAACGCUACAGGAUGUCAUAAACACAUAUGCGGUCCAAGGGAAACCCAUGGAAGAAGUUUUAUGUAUUUAUUACACGAUAGAAAUGUUACACAUGGUUGAAACUUUGCAUGGUGUUGGCUUGAUUCAUGGUGAUUUCAAGCCUGAUAAUCUGCUUAUUCGCUAUGCUAGGGAUGACCUUACUGAAGAAGGGUUCUUGGACCGAAGUGGUCCUUCGUGUGAUCAGACUGGGGAAGAGGGAUUGUUCUGGAUCUCUUUCCAGAUGACAUAGUAUUUAAGGGUGAUUGCGGAACUUCUGGAUUUCGCUGCAUUGAGAUGCAAGAGGAUAAGCCAUGGAAAUUUCAGGCAAACCACUCCUUAAAACUACACUACAAAUGUAAUUAACUUCAUGAUUUACUGUCUUUGAAGUUGUUCUUCUCCAUCACUUACCAACAGGUAGACGCAUACGGCCUUUGCGUUGUUGUCCAUAUGAUGAUGCAUAAUUGCUAUAUGGAGAUUGCCAAAGAAGAAUCAUCUGAUGGAGGCUACAUGUAUCUUCCCAAACAACGCUUUAAACGGUAUAUGUCCAUUUACUUUUUGUUUAUCUUUAGUCAUGUGAUUCACUGUAAUGUUGGUGAAGUCAAUUUGGAAACUUGAUUCUACAUUUGAAGCACCCUUAAUUUGCUUG